CGCAUGCUCGGAAGGGAGGCCCGGUUCCCAGCCGGGAGGACGGCGGAGAGCAGGUUAUGUGGGAGCCGGCGGGGACAUUUGCCGGCGACACUCCAGCUCUGGCCGGAAGUAGAGCCGUCAAGAGCCGUGCCGCUGGAUCUCCGGGCUAGACCGUGGCGACGGCGGCGGCCCUUCGGCUGGAGGAGGACGAUGAGGAGCGACGGAAGCGGCGCGGGGCGACGCUGCUGCGCGGCGCUCGGUUUCGUGCCCGCGGCCGACCUCGCAACCUGCCAGCAAGCCUGAGAUACUUACGGAGAGCUACAAUGGAGAAGUCCUGGAUGCUGUGGAACUUCGUUGAAAGAUGGCUGAUAGCCUUGGCUUCGUGGUCUUGGGCUCUCUGCCGUAUUUCUCUUUUACCUUUAAUAGUGACUUUUCAUCUGUAUGGAGGCAUUAUCUUACUUUUGUUAAUUUUCAUAUCAAUAGCAGGUAUUCUCUAUAAAUUCCAGGAUGUAUUGCUUUAUUUCCCAGAACAGCCGUCCUCUUCGCGCCUUUAUGUUCCCAUGCCCACUGGUAUUCCACAUGAGAACAUUUUCAUCAGAACCAAAGAUGGAGUCCGUCUAAAUCUUAUUUUAAUAAGAUACACUGGAGACAAUUCGCCCUAUUCCCCAACUAUAAUUUAUUUUCAUGGGAAUGCAGGCAACAUAGGUCACAGGUUACCAAAUGCAUUGCUUAUGUUGGUUAACCUCAAAGUUAAUCUUUUGCUUGUUGAUUAUCGAGGAUAUGGAAAAAGCGAAGGAGAAGCAAGUGAAGAAGGGCUCUAUUUAGAUUCCGAAGCUGUGCUAGACUACGUGAUGACUAGACCCGACCUUGAUAAGACAAAAAUUUUUCUUUUUGGCCGUUCCUUGGGAGGAGCAGUGGCCAUUCAUUUGGCUUCUGAAAAUUCACAUAGGAUUUCAGCCAUUAUGGUGGAGAACACAUUCUUGAGCAUACCGCAUAUGGCCAGCACUUUAUUUUCAUUCUUUCCAAUGCGUUACCUUCCUUUAUGGUGCUACAAAAAUAAAUUUUUGUCCUACCGAAAAAUCUCUCAGUGCAGAAUGCCUUCACUUUUCAUCUCUGGACUCUCCGACCAGCUAAUUCCACCAGUAAUGAUGAAGCAGCUUUAUGAACUCUCCCCCUCUCGGACUAAGAGGCUAGCCAUUUUUCCAGAUGGAACUCAUAACGACACGUGGCAGUGCCAGGGCUACUUCCCUGCACUGGAACAGUUCAUCAAAGAAGUGAUAAAGAGUCAUUCUCCUGAAGAAAUGACGAAAACGUCAUCUAGUGUAACAAUUAUAUGAUGCUCCCCUUUUUGAUUAAUGCAUUGUAUUUUAAUUUGUGCAGAAUGAUAAAGAAUGUUCAUUUCUUACAAGUGUGUUACGUCUGUACUUGUCUGAAGAAUGACAUUAAACUUUGAAAGGACCUCAGUGUACCUUUA